AUGCCCUAUUAUGUUGUACGCCAGGGUAGAAAUCCCGGCAUUUACAAUACAUGGGAUGAAUGUAAGGAACAAAUUUUUCGAUUUACAGGAGCGGAAUAUAGAAAAUUUGAUACACAUUCUGAUGCUCAAGAUUAUCUUAAUGGUAAAGUAAGAAUGCAAAACGCUUUUGCAAAAAAAUAUCCUACAUCAAAAUCUAAAAAAACAAAUAAUACUCCAAUUAAUUUAAUGAAAGAAACUAUUCGAGAAUUUACAUCAAAGGAAAUUGCUUCAUCCUAUGAAAAAUUAACAGUUUCAGAUAGUAAUGGUGAUACAAGAGAAUAUACAGUUGCCUACUCAGAUGGUUGCUGUUUUGGUAAUGGUCAUUCGGGAUCAAAAGGUGGCUAUGGAGUUUAUUGGGAUGAUGAUCAUCCAUGGAAUAUUAGUGAACGUUUACAAGGAGAUCCAACAAAUCAACGAGCUGAAUUAACAGCAGCAAUAAGUGCGAUGGAAGUAGCUCUAGCGAAUAGUAUUACUCAUUUAGAAAUUCGAACAGAUAGUAAAUAUACCAUACAAUCUGCUACUGAAUGGAUUCGAGGAUGGAAGAAAACAAAUUGGAUUAAAAAAACAGAUUCUAAACCAGUGAUGAAUAAAGAUUUAAUGAUAAAAAUUGAUGAGCUUCAAGAAAAACUCAAAGUUAAAUGGACAUAUGUAGCUGGCCAUUCGUCAAAUAAAGGAAAUGAUGAAGCGGAUCGUUUGGCUAAAGCCGGUGCUCGAAGAUAA